CCAUCUGCCUUCUUCUACGGCUCUACCACCACAGCACAGAGACACAAUCUCCCAAACACACUAGAAGAUCAGACCGGACUCUGUAAGGGUGGUAUCAAAUGGCUUCCAGUUCACUGAGGAGCUGCUGUGCGGUGUUUCCGACCCUCCUCUCGUCUUCAAAAUCCCAGUUCGCCACCUCAGUCGCCCUCCCAGCUGGUGCCGGCGCAAAUGCUACGUCCCGCUUCUCCAUGUCAGCUGAGUGGUUUCCAGGGCAGCCUCGCCCACCACACCUUGAUGGCUCCGCCCCUGCUGACUUUGGUUUCGACCCCCUGGGUCUUGGGGAAGUACCUGAAAACCUGGAAAGGUUCAAAGAGUCGGAGGUGUACCACUGCCGCUGGGCUAUGCUUGCUGUUCCCGGGAUCUUGUUGCCGGAAGCGCUGGGCCUUGGCAACUGGGUGAAAGCUCAAGAGUGGGCAGCAAUACCUGGAGGCCAGGCCACCUACUUGGGGAACCCUGUUCCCUGGGGCACUCUGCCAACCAUCCUCGUCAUUGAAUUCCUUGCAAUUUCCUUCGUUGAGCACCAGCGCAGCAUGGAGAAGGAUACUGAGAAGAAGAAGUACCCAGGAGGAGCCUUCGACCCCUUGGGUUACUCUAAGGACCCGGCCAAGUUCCAUGAGUACAAGAUUAAGGAGAUCAAAAAUGGUCGCCUGGCAAUGCUGGCCUUUGUCGGCUUCUGCGUCCAGCAAUCAGCUUACCCGGGAACAGGACCGCUGGAGAAUCUAGCUGCACACUUGGCUGAUCCAUGGCACAACAACAUCGGCAACAUCAUCAUCCCCAGAGAUAUUUCACUGUAAACUACCCUUGUAAUCCACAGCAGACCUUGUUUCUUGUAUCUUGUGUAUCUGUAUAACUAGAGUGAUCCAUCCAUUUGCUUAAAUUUGCAUCUCCAUUUCAUGUCACAUUCACAAAUAAAUACAUCACGAAGAAACCUGCAUGACUGCAUGAAGAUGUGGAAUUAAAUGACCAGGUUUUUUUUA